CCUAGGUUAAGUGAGGCCCCACUAAUUUUUAUCUCUAAUCAACUCCAUCUUUCUCGGCUUUUCCUCUGCGACAAUCUCGUCUCCCUCAUCCUCCUCCUCAUCACCUCCACGCCCACGCCUGUCACCAUCGCAAUUCUUGCGCGUCUCUAAUUCUCGAGAGAUAGCGACCCUCUCAAUCUUAUCAUAUCUCUGUCUCGGCGGCUCUUUUUCCCGUAUCCCGAGGCAACUCCGUUGUCCCCGCGCGCCGCGGUUACGCUAACUGGGGGCUGCAUAUAAUCACGGAGUCAGUCUCCGAUCUUGCGUCCGGUACACUUUCCGAGGUCCACCACCAAACGUCACGAGGAGUGGCCAACGACCAAGACAACUCUGCUUUACUAGGAGGCUCAAUAAUUAGACGACUCGAAUUCUGACACUGUGAUACCGUUUGUCGGUAGUCCAUUGUCCGAACCCGGCUUCUGAACCCUUCCUCCUUGCGAUAACAAGAUAAUAUCAUGGCCUCUCCACCCAAGCCCUGGGAGCAGCCUGGCGCGGCUGCGACUGCUGCGACAUCGCCUAUCUCGCCGUCAGUUGCGUCCGGAACUACAACAUCGAUCACCGAUUCGUCUUCUGCCCCUCCGCUUCCUAAUCGACCUUCUUCUCUCACAUCAACGGUCAAUCAGAACGCUGCCAAUUACAGCAGGAUGAAUUCCUCACCGUAUAGCUCAAUGGGUGGCGCGUACUCGUCACCCUAUUCCAGCCCCUACUCGCGGUUUGGCAUGGGUGGUAUGGGCGGCAUGAGUGGCUACGGUAGCAUGUACGGUGGAGGAUACGGUGGCUACGGAGGAGGCAUGUAUGGUGGCAUGGGCGGCGGUAUGUACGGCGGUGGCAUGGGAAUGCCUGGCGACCAAAACAGCUUGACCAACACCUUCAACAACAGCACUCAGGCUACCUUCCAAAUGCUCGAGGGUAUUGUCACGGCCUUUGGAGGCUUCGCCCAGAUGCUUGAGAGUACCUACAUGGCUACUCACUCCAGCUUCUUUGCCAUGGUCUCUGUCGCUGAACAAUUUGGUAAUCUGAGGGAUACUCUGGGCUCCGUGCUGGGCAUCUUCACAUUGAUGCGCUGGAUUCGCACAUUGAUUGCCAAGCUUACUGGUCGACCGCCGCCUGCCGAUGCGACUGCCCUCACACCAGCUGCAUUUGCACGCUUCGAAGGUCGGAGCGUUGGACCAGAUGGUAACCCACUUCCUGCGAAGGCCAGCAAGAAGCCUUUACUGUUCUUUGUCCUGGCCGCCUUUGGCAUUCCUUAUCUAAUGUCAAAGAUGAUAAGGACGCUUGCUGCCUCACAAGAGCAGGAGCAGAAGCGUCUUCAGGCCCAGGCCAUGGAAUCACAGCAGCCGGUCGACCCUGCUAAGCUUGAGUUUUGCCGACUCACCUUCGACUUCCUCCCUCAGCCUAACACAGGCAUGGAGCUCGAGGCGAGAAAGGGUGACCUUGUUGCCGUCCUAAGUAAAAACGACCCUUCUGGUAAUCCCAGCGAGUGGUGGCAGUGCCGAUCCCGCGACGGCCGCCAAGGCUAUCUUCCAUCUACCUACCUCGAGGUCAUCAAGCGCCCGGCACAAGAGCCCAAGAAGAUCAAGGCUGCGCCUAGCGAGAGCAGCCGUACAAACUCCCUAACCAGCUCAAUUGCCCGCCCCGAGGAUGGGAAGAACGAGUACGCUUCUGCUGACGGCAUGCAGAGGAGCCACUUCUACUCCUAGAAUGCUGUCAGACACAUUGGAAGCGUCGAUAAUCACAUAUAAAGACGACAGCUGUACGAUUCUGUCUCGGAUAUUGCAAGGGUACAUUGGUGAUUGGAUUACAAAAGUCAUCACGGAGUUGUUGGAUGGGUUUCACACACAUAUUAGUUCCUAGCGUUCGAAUGGUUUCGUCAUGUCUUGCGAUACCUGGGGAAGCAUAACUCCCACAAAGAUACAUCUGUAUAUUUUCACUUGUUAAGUCAUUGAAUGAAGCUUGAAUGGCGUUUCUUUAUUAUGAGA